AUGAGUACCAGGCCAGCAGUAUGCAGGCUCGGAACUCAGUUUGCCUGCUGCCACCCUGUCAAGGCCCUUUCCCUUCCUCGACGACCAUUUUUCGGAAGGGCGCAUCCUGAACGAUGGCGCAGCAGAAGAGGCGGAGGAGCAACCACGCCACCGUUUCUUCGAAACCACUCGACGACACACCACUCGCCGCCCACAUCAUCAUCCUCGUCCUCCUCGUCGUCAGUGUCCCCCAACGAAGUCAACCAUUUCUCCCGACUGGCCUCGACAUGGUGGGAUCCCCACGGCCCUUCGCGGCUCCUCCACCUCAUGAACCCUCAUCGCCAUGACUUUAUAAAAGCCUGUCUCUCGCCGACGACAACAACCCCUUCCGACCAGCAAUACACGUACCUCGACAUAGGCUGCGGAGGGGGGAUCUUUGCGUCCUCGGCCGCACGACUGCCCUCGACACGCUCCGUCACGGCCAUCGAUCCCACUCCGCUCGUGAUCGAGGUUGCGAAGUCCAAUCAGCGAUCCGACCCAGCCCUGUCCCCUCCCAAGCUCACAUAUCUCAACUGCGCAAUCGAGGAUCUGCCCCGAUACACGGAAAGCGAGGAUGAGGAGGGGGAGCAACAGCAACAGCAGCAGCAACAACAACAACAACAACAACAACAACAACAACAACAACAACAACAACAACAACAACAACAACAACAACAACAACAACAACAACAACAACAACAAUACGAUUUCAUAACCGUCUUCGAAGUCCUAGAACACAUCCCGGACCCCUCGUCCUUUCUCGACAUUGCUUCUGCCCACCUCAAGCCCGGAGGCUGGCUGAUUGGCAGCACCAUCUCGCGCUCCACCACGGCGUGGCUGACGACCAAAGUCAUCGCGGAAGCACCGCUGGUAGGCGUCGUGCCCGCCGGCACCCACGAUUGGAACCAGUACAUCAACCCGGACGAGCUCCGGGGUUACUUCGACUCUCGCGCCGGUGUCUGGACGGACUUUCGCACGCAGGGUGUCGUCUACGUGCCGGCGCUGGGCUGGAAGAACGUCAAUGGGAGCGAAGAGUUUGGGAAUUAUUUCUUCGGCGUAAAGAAAAGGGCGGACUGA